ACUACCGGGAGAACAAGCAGGGCUGGCAGAACUCCAUCCGCCACAACCUCUCCCUCAAUAAGUGCUUCGUCAAGGUGCCCCGCCACUACGACGACCCGGGCAAAGGAAACUACUGGAUGCUAGACCCCUCCAGCGACGACGUCUUCAUCGGGGGCACCACCGGCAAGCUUCGCCGGCGCUCCACCACCUCACGGGCCAAGCUGGCCUUCAAGCGGGGCGCCCGACUCACCUCCACCGGACUGACAUUCAUGGAUAGGGCAGGAUCCUUGUACUGGCCUAUGUCCCCCUUUCUCUCCCUGCACCACCCCCGGGCCAGCAGCACUUUGAGUUACAAUGGGACCACCUCCGCCUACCCCAGCCAUCCCAUGCCCUACAGCUCAGUGUUGACUCAAAACUCCUUGGGAAACAACCACUCCUUUUCCACGUCUAAUGGGUUAAGUGUUGAUAGACUAGUCAAUGGAGAGAUACCUUAUGCCACUCAUCACCUCACAGCAGCAGCUCUGGCCGCCUCAGUGCCGUGUGGCUUGUCAGUUCCCUGCUCCGGCACCUAUUCCCUAAACCCCUGCUCUGUCAACCUCCUGGCAGGACAGACGAGUUACUUUUUUCCCCAUGUUCCUCACCCUUCAAUGACUUCUCAAAGCAGCACUUCAAUGACGGCCAGGGCAGCCUCCUCCUCCACGUCGCCACAGGCGCCCUCCACUCUCCCUUGUGAGUCCUUAAGACCUUCUUUGCCAAGUUUUACAACGGGACUUUCCGGAGGACUUUCCGAUUAUUUCACACAUCAAAAUCAGGGGUCUUCUUCAAACCCUUUAAUACAUUAACAUCCAUGGGAUCAGACUGUAAGUGAACAUUUUACACACGUUUGCAUUGUAAAUGAUAAUUAAAAGGAG